AUGAAGAGAGGACGUCGACAGGGUCCAGGGGCACAGGAGGCCCAGAGAGCCCUGUCGCCUGGAUGGCUCUGGAGAUGCACCGACGAUCAAGAAUUUGUCAUCGAAGACGCCAUAGAGAAGCAACAACGAGUGUGUUUCGAUAGCCUUGGGUUGGAAUUCGUUAAGCAGUUAAAGAAGGUUCGGCCUAGGAGUCCUCGAAGUAGAUCAGAGAAGUUUAGUAUCUUCAAGGAGGUCACGAGUGAGCAGUUAGAGGGUUACACUCCUAGCCAGAUCCACACCAUCGUCUCGCAAAGGGAUCACGUCCGUAAUGUUGCGCAGGCAGCAUCACCCACAAUCGACCCGCCGCCAGGAUUCCAGUUCAGUGAAAGUACCGAACCCUGGGUUCCUAGUUGGAAUGAGGAAUGUCGUUUCGUAUGCUGUCAAAGCUGUCGUCCUUCAUCUGAACUGAGAUCCUAUCUGAGUCUGGAUGGUAUUGCGAACGGCGAUAUACCACCUACUGCAGCCGUUGGCUUCGGCUUCAAUUCCUGUUCAUUUAGGCCAAUUAUCCACCCAGACAGGCUGAAAAAUAUUGGCCUUAGGGCUGUACCUUGGCCAUUAGCUCAUGGUAGCCCGACAUCCUCGGUGGGUUCAUGGCGUAGUUCAUGGAACGUUUCAUGGGAAAAUCUGUCCCUUGCUGACGAUCAAGCGAACGAUACCGAGCACGUUGAACAUGUCGAGGAUGUAGAACACGUUGAACGUGUUGAGUCUGUCCAAUCCCAGUCCCCAGAAAUCGGCCUAACCACCAAACGUACAACCUUAGUCAAAUUUACAACACCCGGUGUCAACGGUGUCAACGGUGUCAACGGCGUCAACGGCAUCAACGGUGUCAACGGUACUAUCCCGUCAGUCCGAUCUGUUACUCGCGAUUCAUUUGAGGAGAAUGUUAAGUCUGCGGUAUCUGUUGGACACUCGAUAUCGCUCCUUCCUCCCAUACAAGAAGAAAAGGCGUGUCUCCGCAAGCGCCCCUCCCAAAUAAUGGGAGAGGAGGUGAAGGAAUCUUCAGGAGUUGACCAUGGCGUGACAGUCUCGAAGAAGGGUGUUGGCUUAGAAUUGUCUGAUAUCAUCACUCAACUAUAG